AUGAACAGGAGGUGUUCAGACGAGCACUUCAUAGGACGGGUCUCACAUUUUCCACUAGAGCUGCAGUCUGGUAACGCCUCCAUCAUCAUCAAAAACACCGUGGUGCCUGACAGUGGAAACUACACCUGUGAUUUACCUCUGCAGCAAAAACAAACAUUCAGAAUUAAACUUGUUGUUGGUGCAGCUCCAAAGCCACUCGUUCAUGUCCUGAACAUCAGCGAGGACGAGGCGCUGCUGAAGUGUGAGGUCAGAGGUGCUUCUCCAAAGCCUAAAGUAGAGUGGAGGGACGGGGAUGGGAACAUCCUUCCUGCUGAGGAGCAGGUGUCACACACAGAAGAGCGCUAUAACAUCACCCUCCUCACCACGGUGACCAGGACAAACAGCAGCGUCUUCCACUGCGUAGCCACGCAGGAGGAGAUGGGCCAUGUGACAGAGGAUAAGCUCUACGUCGCUUUCUGUGAAAACCUGUUUAAAGGCACAUCUGGACAAGUUAUCACUGGAUUGGCUGUAUGUUUCAUUGGAAUGCUAAGUUUUGCUUUAGUUCUGGCUGUGCUUGUGACUACAAGGACUAUCUCAAUUCACUCAGGCUGCCUUGGGAGUGCAAACAAAUCCUCAGAAGAUCCAUCAGCACCAGAUUCUGAGACAGGCCCAGAAGAAUUAAAAGGUCUAAAUAAAGUGGUUUGUUCCCCAGCUGUUUCACACUGUUCAUUGGCAAAUUACAGAAAAACAUUUUGUUGUUGUCAGUUAGUUAGAAAGUCAAAGUGCUGAACGGGCCAAUCACAAUCAUAGCCCGCCAAAGGGAUGUGAUUGUGAUUGGCCUAUUAAUGAGUUGAGUGAAGUUUGAUGUAUCUGACUGUUUUGUUUCGCUUAAUACGCCUUAUAAUCCAGUUCUUCUUAUGGUCCCAAAAAUACGGUAAUUACAUGCUAUUCUCAUAGAGAGUUGUACUGUUUAAAUGUAAGAAUGUUUGGGGGGGUUUUUUACAUUGCACUUGUAUUGACCUAUUCGCUUUUUCUUGUGCUUGUGCUCAUAACAUUGUGCCUGUCAUGUAAAUUACGCCAUGUAAGUAAUUGUUGUACAGUAAGUCUUUUUAAAGGCGCUGUUCAGCCAGUUGGCUUCUAUGACUUUUCAGAAUGAAAGUGUUUUCUGCUUGGAAAUAUAU